AUGGUGUCGCGUGCUGCCGUUGGUCACAAAGGUUUUCUCCAGCACAGCAACAUUCACACUGAGCUGCUGAGGCAGCAAGCCCGAGGCUUUCUCCGCAGUGAUGCCAUGAGGUUGAUUCUGGUUAAACCCACCAACGCAACGCGGCGUCUUGACUCAACGGGUGAAGUCUUCCGGGAUGGGGACCACGAGCAUUGUACCUCAGGAGGUCCAUCACCUCCGAGAAAAACUCCUGAGGCGAUGCGCGAUGGAUACUCAGGUGCCUCCGUGGAUGCAUCUUCUUCCCCACAGGAGACGAGUCUGUGCUGCGUUUCAUUCUCACCCCACGAAAGGUCUAAUGGAAUCAGUUUACCAAGAGAUUCGGGCCAGAUGUCACCAAUGAAAACCCGAAACCUAACCUUAUCACAGCUGAGUGAUCAGGACUGGCUGCUGCUUUGUGGCCAGGUUAGCAGUGCAGGAGAUGAUUCACUGUCAGCGGAGAGAGCAGGGACCAGUGUGGGACUUCCAAACCAUGAUGACAGAUGUGGUUGUUCCUGUCCGGACGCACACCAACAUCCAGAGGCUUCUAGUUUUCAUCCGCAUUCAAAACAGGGCACUGUCCAGCAAGACUGCCUCUCCAGAGUUUCAAACAAGAGACGCCUUUCAUCUUCACCUGUUUUACCGCAGGAAAUAAACCAACGGGAUCUUUUGAAACCUGCAAUGAACCACCCACAGGAUCAUUUCACGCUCCAGUGCGGUGACCAAGAAGGUCGAAAGGAGCUAUUGCAGCAACAACCUUGCAAUCAUUUUAAACGUAAAGACAGCAGCCAAGCAACUUUAUUCAACAUUCCUCUGAACUCCAUCGAGUGUGCUGAGACAAAUCAGAAGGUCCACCAACACCCUCAGCCUGCAGACCUCAACUGGAGAGAGCUUUUUGGCAAAGAACCACUGUUAGUUCAGCAACGUCAAACGCACGAUUCCCACUGCUCGAUGAGCGGUGAUCAGACCUGCAAGUCAUCUGGAGAUCCCUCCAUCAUCCUCAAGUGCCGUCAUCUCGCUUACGACCCUCUAACCAGCACUCCGCGGGCGCAGAGGUCAUCAACUCCAGCCUGUAACAAAAGUGUCCAGUCCUCCACCAGCCAGUAUAGCUCACAGCGACAAAGUCAGACAAACUAUCAGCACCUCAGUGGAUCAAGACCCUCACACACUCCUCCAACUUCCUCCACCUUACCAACUGAUGAUUUAGUCAGCAGAGAUGCGGUGCGACCGCUGAGCAGCCAUGGUACUUUAAGAUCCAGUCUUGCAGAUCUCCACUCAGGCCAACAGCCUCUUCAGCUUCUCCACAGUGCCAUCCUGGAUGACGCCUUCUCCAAAGUCAUCAGAGAAGAUUCCAGUAAGGCUAACAGUGAGAACCUGAGUAGGGAUGAAGGCAGCGUACCACAGAAGAAGUCCAAGGACAUUAGCUACCGGCUGGGUCAGAGAAAAGCGCUCUUUGGGAAGCGCAAACAGUUGAGCGACUACGCGUUGGUCUGUGGGAUGUUUGGCAUUAUCGUCAUGGUGAUCGAGACAGAGCUGUCUGGGGGAUUUUACAGCAAGGAAUCCAUAUAUUCAUACAUACUGAAAGGCCUGAUCAGCCUCUCCACUGCUAUUCUUCUUGGACUCAUUGUGAUGUACCAUGCAAGGGAAAUCCAGCUCUUCAUGGUGGACAACGGAGCAGACGACUGGAGGAUAGCGAUGACCUUUGAGCGAAUUAUCUUUGUUGCGUUUGAGCUCCUUAUCUGUGCCAUCCAUCCAAUCCCGGGCCAGCAUGUGUUCACCUGGACUGCUCGACUGGCCUUCAGCUACACAGCAUCGGUGGCAGACGCUGACAUUGACAUCAUCCUCUCUGUGCCAAUGUUCCUGCGCCUCUACCUGAUUGGCCGGGUCAUGCUGCUCCACAGCAAGCUGUUCACGGACGCUUCCUCCCGCAGCAUCGGGGCGCUCAACAAGAUCAGCUUUGACACUCGUUUUGUCAUGAAGACUCUGAUGACCAUCUGCCCCGGCACAGUUCUGCUGGUUUUCAGCGUGUCUUGUUGGAUCAUAGCAGCGUGGACCGUGCGUGUAUGUGAGAGGUAUCAUGAUGCACAGGCGGUGACCAGUACCUUCCUUGGAGCAAUGUGGCUGAUCUCCAUCACCUUUCUGUCCAUCGGCUACGGGGACAUGGUCCCUCACACCUACUGCGGCAAGGGGGUUUGCCUGCUGACAGGAAUCAUGGGAGCGGGCUGCACAGCAUUAGUGGUCGCCGUUGUUGCGAGGAAGUCAGAACUCACCAGAGCCGAAAAGCACGUCCAUAACUUCAUGAUGGAUACUCAGCUCUACAAAAAGGUAAAAAACACAGCAGCCAAUGUGUUGAGGGAGACAUGGCUCAUCUACAAAAACACCAAGCUGGUCAAGAAGGUUGACCAUGCCAGAGUACGCCACCAUCAGCGUAAAUUCCUGCAAGCCAUCCACCAGCUGCGUAGAGUCAAAAUGGAGCAAAGGAAGCUAACUGAUCAGGCCAAUACAGUUGCUGACCUUGCCAAGACUCAGAACAUGAUGUAUGAUCUGGUGUUGGAGCUUCAGCAUCGGAGCGAGGAGCUGGACAGGCGUAUUGUAGCUCUGGAAGAGAAACUAAACUCCAUCCUUCUCAGCGUGCAGUCGCUGCCCGUUGUGCUUUCUCAAGCAAUAACAAAGCUACAAAAGGAUUUCCUGGACGACUUGGCCUGUCGUGUCCACUUUCUGUCAUCCUCCCUGAGCUCUGAGUGCUGUUCAGUCCCUGCCAGGCAGCUGUGUCAAGGACCCACCACACCAGAGACACAAUACAGCUCAUAAGCCUCAGGGGUUUUCCUCUCUUUGAGUGUCCCCUGUGGCAACCCCCGCCGCAGCCUAAACGCACUACCCUCAUUCAAAAUGAACGGAAAGAUGGCGUUUUUGCCGGACUAUCAGACGGCCGACGCAGGCGGUCUGAACGCGGCCUUAGUCUGCAUCCUUUUUUCAUGCUGGGAAAGAUUUUCCUAACAUGCACACUCUUUUUUUUUAAGUAGCGCUCUGCUUCUCAUACAGUUACCAGCUACCAUCUCAUACUGAGCAGCUCCAUUGAGAAGGGAAGUUCCUCUGUCAGGGGAUUCUAGAGGAAGGGAAAAGCAUUAUUUCUUCAUUUCCUCUGCUCAAAGUUAGUUAGUCCAAGGACUGGGUUAUGGACAAACAUCAGUCCAUAGAGCCUCCUGUUGUCUCACACCAGAUAUCCAUAUAGGAAGAUGAUUUGUAAGACGUGGCUUCAUGGAGAAUGAAUGGCUUAUCUUGUCUAAUUGAGUUAAUUCCUAAGGAAAAAAAUAAAUGAGGAAAGAUUUCCCCCCCUAAUUUUUCGAGGACACCUAUGAGGUCACUGACCUCCACUGGAUAAGCCUUUCUUGU